ACAUUUGUCUGUUGUCUGAGCAACAAAUAAAUUUGUACAACAACCUAACAGAUAUUUCAGAAAGAGUUAAUGGCAAUAUAAAUAAGUUAAGUUAACUGAAAUUCUAUUCAAUAGAGGCAAUAUCGAACAAGCAAAAUGUUCAAAUCUUUAGUUGGGUUCAAUCACUCAAUCGGCCAUAAUCUCUUAAAUUAUUCGCUUUUCAGAAUGGCAUCGCAGCUGGUCAAAGUGCAAGUUAAACAGGGCAUUGUCGUUGGUAAACAAAAGCAAUUGCCGAAUGGCGGUGUUUAUCAGAGUUUCCAGGGUAUUCCAUAUGCCGUGCCACCUGUUGGUCCUCUGAGAUUUAAGUCUCCAUUGCCAUUGGAAAAAUUCGAUGUCGCAGAGUUGGAGUGUCUCAAAGAACGCGAUGUGUGUCAUCAACGUGAUCCUAUUACUACAGACAUCAUUGGCUCUGAAAAUUGUCUUUUCCUUAAUGUAUAUGCACCCAAGAAGGGUACAUCCUCGGGGCCCUUACCUGUUAUGGUCUGGAUUCAUGGCGGUGGUUUUUGGUUUGGAAAUGGUAACAGUGACUAUUACUUACCCUUAUCGCUGCUACAGGAAGACGUCAUCGUUGUCACACUCAACUAUCGUUUAGGGGCUUUGGGUUUUAUAAGCCUACCCGAAGAGGGUAUUUGGGGCAAUGCUGGCUUAAAAGAUCAGCGCUUAGCCUUACAAUGGAUACAAGAAAACAUUGCACAAUUCAAUGGUGAUCCGAAUAAUGUCACCCUCUUUGGCGAAUCGGCUGGAGCUGCUGCAGUUCAUCUACACAUGUAUGCAGAUCAUGCACACAAAUUAUUUCACAAAGCCAUAAUGCAAAGUGGUACUGCCAAUAUGGAAUGGGUAUUUCAAAAUAAUCCAGAAUACAAAGUUCGUAAACUUGCCAAGGAAAUGGGGAUACAGAGCACAACAGACACAAAGGAGCUCUUAAAAUUCCUUCAAUCACCAAAAAUCACACCUCUACAUAUGUUAGAAAAGACUUUAAGUACACUGACUGCCGAUGAAAGAAGACGUCAAUUGCCACUGCCGUUUAAGCCAGUCAUAGAAGAUUCUCAAAGUCCUGAUGCCUUCAUUAAACAACCCAUAUUGGAUAGACUAAAGCAAGCUGACAGUGUUGCUAUACCCAGUAUAAUGGGAUACAAUUCGGCCGAAGGUUUGGCCAUGAUGGUAAAUGCAAUGCGUAAAGUAGAGGAAUAUGACCGAGAUUUCAAACGCAUGGUUCCCCGCAACAUUCCCUUGAAUCCAGAUGAUCCUGAAUUGGAAAUUAUAGCCCGUCAAAUGCGAGAUUUCUAUAUGAAUGGACGGUCGCUGUCACCCAAAGUUUUUAAUGAAUUAGCAAAUAUUUUAACAGACUAUCACUUUGCAAUAGAUAUGCAACUGGCAGCUGAAUGGCAGGUGCGUCUACAACCUAAAUCUCCAUUGUAUUUCUAUCAAUUCGAUUACGUGGGAGGUCGUAAUUUCUACAAAACAAUACUGCAAAUGAGCAAACUGAAAGGAGCUUCACAUGGAGAUGAAUUGUUCUAUCUAUUCCAAAUGGCCGACAAUGAAGAUAUGGGCAGCGAAGAUGAUCGACGAACUACCAAGCAAAUGUCUGAGUUAUGGGCUAAUUUUGCCAAAACUGGUAAUCCCACACCCGAGCCUGGUGCUGUUGGUUGUACGUGGAAGGCUGUCAACACAGGACUGAGUGAAAAAGAUACCUUUAAUUUAAAUUACCUCCUGAUAAACGGCAAACAGUGCCAAAUGAAGGAAAAUCCCGACAAGGAACGCAUGGAAUUCUGGCGUGGCAUUUAUGAGAAAUAUUCCUCACCCAUUGAUUACUCCAAAUUAAGUUCAAAGUUGUAAAAAGGAAACAAUGGAAUAUGUUUUUUGUUACAUUUAAUGAAUUUGUAUUCUGUUUUGUUUUUCAUUUUAUGUUUAUAUCUAUAUAUAGGUAUUGUUUUAUUUAAUUUAAUUUAUUUGACUAGUUUGGGGUUCUUCUUACAUUCUUUUUUGUUUGUUUAAAUAUUGGUUUUUAAAAGCUUUGUACAAAUCAUAAAAAACGCAAAUAAACAAAUCAACUUCUUGGUUUCUCCUCUCUGUCUGUCUAUACAUAAA